AUGUCAGCACAGGAGAUGGAUUUCUUUCGACACCUCCUCCCCAACGGGGGCGGCGGGGGCACUCUACAAACGGAAGCCAGCGAGCCUGUGGGAACGGAAGGAGUCCCCAAACGGACAACACCAUUGGCGCGUCCGCAGAGACAAGCGAAGUGGCAGAAACAGGGAGCGGGCAAAGGUCAGGGGUUCGGUCGAGGCAACGGGCGACAGCAGGGGCGAAGAGCACAACAAGCACAACGGUCGGCUCCUUCUUCCGAGCAGUCCACCGAGGACCAGGAGGACUACCCCCCCAUGUUGGCCCUCCGAUUGGAGGAUCAACAAUGCUUGGAUCGCCUGGACAAAGCCUUUCUGAUCCACAUGCGCACGCAGGUGCCGGAGUGCAUGCUGGCCGACAUGUUCAAGAUCAGCGAAACAUGGAAGGAGGCCAGGGCUGCGGUACCGCCCAAGGUGGAAUCAUCCUUGCGGGUGAUCCUGUUCAAGAGCUUCAUGGAGGAGUUCAUGUCACGACUACAGAAAAUCGAACAUACGGAGGUGAUGAAAGGACUGAUUGCACAGGGAUGGUUCAUCCAGGAGGGGUCGGAGUACAAAUGGAAAUACCUGAUGUGGGACACAACGCAACAGAAAGAUGUGCCUCAUCCCACGCUGGAGCCCAUGCCACAUGCUCAGGUCGUGCAGGCGGUACAGACGCUACUCGAUCAUGCGUCGGAUCUGACGUUGCACCGCUACCAUGCGACAAGGCCGCUCGUGGAAACCUUCAAGGGGCCAUCGGUGUGCUUCAUGUUGGAGAUCAGUCUGCGAGGAGCGCACGCACAAAAGAUGUACCAGGCGCUGUCGAGCAUGGCGCAGUGCGCGGCAAUGAAGCUCAUGGGAGCCAAUCUCGUGCGGGAGCGCAUCAAGCGGAGCCCAUUGGCGGUCCUGAUUCAGAAACUGCUUCAACAGUGA